CAACCCACAACUUCAGACCACAGUAAAUCACAACAGCCUCUACAAGAUAGAAAUGAUCAAGAUACUAGCCAAAAAGCUCGCUCAAAGAAACCCCACUCUGAACAAUGUAGUGCCUCGGAACACCCAGAAGUACAACAGUCUCCACAAAACAGUAAUCGUAAUCAUCAGAACAGCAUUGUUUUAAUUGGCGACUCAAUGAUAAAGAAUAUUAUUCCUGAGAAGAUGACACAAAGGAAGGUUUACAAAUACACUCAUUCUGGAAAAACUGCAGAUCAAAUUGCUUCUGAGGUCGAGAAUAUUAACCUACAUGAAGCAUCUUCGCAUGUAAUAAUCCAUGCUGGAACAAAUGAUUUAUCUCUGGACUCAAGUAAUGAUUGUAUUGAUAGUAUUGAAAACUUAUGCUUAUCAGUACAAAACAAAUUCGCUAAUGCAAAAAUUGGAGUAUCGAGCAUAAUCAUACGAGACGAUAUCUCAGUCAAUGACAAGAUUCAGGAGGUGAAUGAAGGAAUUAAAGAAUUAUGUAGAAAUCGUAACUACAGCUUUAUUGACAACUCAAAUAUAAAGCUAAAUGCACUCAAGGGGAGUAAACUCCAUCUUAAUGCAAGGGGUUCUGCUUUACUUGCAUCAAGAUUUAUAAAAUUCUUAAGGGGAGAGUUAUCACCAGGUCCAUCUACUCAACCCCGCACAGAAAAUUUUCGGCUGAAGGAGACUUUACGCCAGAUGCUGAACUUAAUCAGGAGGAUUUCGAUGCAAACUUAG